AUGGAGAGCUCCAGCAAUGCUACCAUGCCCCAGGGUUUUCUCCUUCAGGGCUUCUCCGAGUUCCCACACCUGAGGCCUGUGCUCUUCCUCCUGCUGCUGGCUGUGCACCUGGCCACCCUGAGUGGGAACCUGCUCAUCCUGGUGGCAGUGGCCUACAUGCCCAGCCGGCCACCCAUGCUGCUUUUCCUAUGCCAGCUGUCAGCCAUCGAGCUCUGCUACACGCUGGUGGUGGUGCCCCGCUCCCUGGCUGACCUGGCUGCACCCAGCCUUGGCCUCGGCAGGGGCAGCCCCAUCUCUUUCCUGGGCUGCGCUGUUCAGAUGCAGAUGUUCGUGGCGCUGGGUGGGGCCGAGUGCUUCCUACUGGCCGCCAUGGCCUAUGACCGCUACAUGGCCAUCUGCCACCCGCUGCGUUAUGCGGCUGUAGUGACCCCGGGGCUGUGUGCACGACUGGCCCUGGCCUGCUGCCUCGGGGGACUGACAGUGUCCCUAGGGCUCACGGUGGCGGUCUUCCACCUGCCAUUCUGUGGCUCCCACCUGCUGGUGCAUUUCUUCUGCGACAUCACAGCACUGUUGCACCUGGCCUGCACACGGAGCUAUAUGGACGAGCUGCCCCUACUGGGCGCCUGCCUGGUGCUGCUGCUGCUGCCCUUGGUACUCAUCUUGGCUUCCUAUGGCGCCAUCGCCACCACCCUGCGCCACAAGCACUCCCCUGGAGGCUGGCGCAAGGCUGCCUCCACCUGUGGCUCGCACCUGGCCGUCACCUUUCUGCAUUAUGGCUGCGCCACCUUCAUGUACGUGCGGCCUAAGGCCAGCUACUCCCCGCGGCGGGACCGCACACUGGCGCUCAUCUACACCAAUGUCACGCCGCUGCUCUACCCAUUCAUCUACAGCCUGCGCAACUGUGAGGUCACAAUGGCCAUCCGCAGGGUGCUGGGGCGGUGGCUGCUGGGCCAACCACAGGGUCAGACUGUAUGAACCCUGACAGCGGGCAGGGGCCAGGCCAGAGUAGGCAGCUCUACUCCCUAAAGUUUCGUCUACAGGACAUAUCAUCAGGAAUGCCCCCAAGGGGGACUCAAGGAUGGGAUUCAGGAAAGAAUCAGGAAGCGUGUCCACAUAAGGAGAGCCUGCCAGCAGUUGCUCCAUCCUCCACCCCUCCCUGGAGGAAUAGCCAGAGACAGUGUGGU